AUCACCACGAGGGGUGGGCAGGCGCGCUUGGAGUGACGUUUCUUUGAGGAGUGAGGGGGGAGACUGAGCAAUAUGUCAGAUAACCAGAGGAGCUGGUGGCAGCAGUGGACCGACACCACCUACAUCAAACCUCUGAACCGCUUGAGGGCCGCUCAAGAGCCCUACCAGCGGCCAGAGGAGCAAGUGCUCAUCAACCGCCGAGACAUCACCAGCAGAAAGGAUGCCUGGGACAUGCAGGAGUUCAUCACGCGCAUGUAUGUCAAGCAGCUUCUCCGACACCCAGCCUCCAAGGUGCUGCUGGCCGUGCUGCUGGUGGUCAACGCCAUCACCAUCGCGCUCCGCACCAACUCCAUGCUUGGCCAGAAACACUAUGAGUUGUUCUCUACCAUAGAUGACAUUGUGCUGACCACCCUUAUCUGCGAGCUGCUUCUCGGCUGGUUAAAUGGUUUCUGGAUUUUCUGGAAGGUAAGCUGGGGACUCGGAAUGAAGAAGGGACCUGUCUGGAUCCUGGGAGGGAGGGGAGGGGAUGGUUGCAGGUGGGGCGAUGGUGGGGGGGGGUGUUGGGAAGGGCCGAGGGGGCGCCCUGAGAGGCUCUGCCGCAGGGCGCUUCUUCUGCUGCACUUGUGCGUGGGGGUGGAGCCUCUGGCCCGGAUCAUUCGCGUCAUCCUGCAGUCGGUGCCCGACAUGGCCAACAUCAUGGUCCUCAUCCUCUUCUUCAUGCUGGUGUUCUCCGUGUUUGGGGUCACUCUCUUUGGUGUGUUCGUGCCCAAGCAUUUCCAGAACAUUCAGGUUGCCCUGUAUACCCUCUUCAUCUGCAUCACCCAGGAUGGCUGGGUGGACAUCUACAGUGACUUUCAGAUGGAGACAAGAGAGUACGGAGUGGAGAUUGGGGGCGCCAUCUACUUUGCCAUCUUCAUCACCAUCGGUGCCUUCAUUGGCAUCAACCUGUUGGUCGUCGUGGUGACCACCAAUCUGGAGCAAAUGAUGAAGGCAGGACAGGGGCAACAGCAUCAAAUAGACUUCAGUGAGGUAGACAACAAGAAGGGAAAUGGGAAUAACAAGCUGCCGCUGGUGCACUGUGCAGUGGCCCGUUCGGAGAUGCCUGGCGUCCCCCAAGAGCCAUUUAUGGGGGGCCCCCUGACAAACCUCUCGGAAAGGACAUGUGACAACUUUUGCCUGGUGCUCGAGGCGAUACAGGAGAACCUGAUGCAAUACAAGGAGAUCCGCGAUGAGCUCAACACGAUAGUGGACGAGGUCCGCUCCAUCCGCUUCAACCAGGAGCAGGAGGAGGAGCUGCUGCAGAGGCGCUUGUCAUGGAACAUAUCCUUGGAGAGCAAGUCCUCCGUGGACAUCCGUGAGAUGACUCGCGAGCAAGACUUGAUCACCGCGCUCGUCAACAGGAAAAAGGUUCAGGAAUCCAACACAAAUGUUAACAAACACAAGACCAGCCGCUGAGAGGGCAGUGCAGGAGCCAAUGGGCAUGAGCGCACACCCAGCUGCUGCAUCUUCCUGCAUCGCUAGCAUGACUUGGCACAUCCUGGCCUGAGCCCAUCCUCUGCCUUACACCUGGGCAGAUGCCUGGGGAUGGAAGGGGGUGGUAUCUCUAGGACUUGGGCCUGUGAGGCCCCAGGUCCAGAGGAGCACGGAUGGAGAAGGAUAGUGGAUAAGAGUGGGAGCCUUACAGCAAGGACGAGCCCACAAGGGGGUGCUGGCCAGGGCAGCCAGGAUUUGCCCUCAGGAUGGGCAUCCCUGGUCCCCUGCUAGACCAGAACUAGAUGGGGUCUAAGCGGGCCCAAGUACCAAGAGGAGAAAGAUGAGGCCGGUGGGGCCAGGUAUCAUGUAUCGACAAUAAAGUUUUA